GAGAUAAACGUCGGGGAUGGAGAAGAGCGACAAGAAGAAAGUAUGAAGGGAAAUACAAAUGAGGAGUGAGGAAAAGUUGCCUGCGAGCUCCCGAGCCGGGGCCGCCGCGCCGCCAGACGCUGAAAUAUGAUAAUCAGCGCAGCUGCGCCGCGCAGCCUGCAGCCAAUGGGCGCCGCGCAGGCGUGACGUCCCGGCGCGUGACGUCAGGCCAAUGGCGAGCGGGCUGAGUUGGAGCAGAGAAGUUUGAGUAAGAGAUAAGGGCGAGGCGAGUGCCCGAGCUGCCAGCGCCCAGCUCGGCACCGCCGCGACACCGCACCGCUGUGACACCGCACCGCUCCGUGCAGCGCUGCUGGACCUUGCCGCGCCCCCCGGGGCCGCGCCGCGCCGCGCUGCGCCCCGCACCUCUCCGCGCCCUACCGCACCCCGUGCCCCCUUCUCGCUCCGCAGCCCUGACAGUAUCUCCCGCGCCGCGACAGCUCUCAAACCUACUUUGGGGUCUUAAAACGAAACCGUACACCAUUUCACUGUGGACAUUACACCCUCUUACAGAUAUGGGAGACAUGGGAGAUCCACCAAAAAAAAAACGCCUGAUUUCCCUAUGUGUUGGUUGCGGCAAUCAAAUUCACGAUCAGUAUAUUCUGAGGGUUUCUCCGGAUUUGGAAUGGCAUGCGGCGUGUUUGAAGUGUGCAGAGUGUAAUCAGUAUUUGGACGAGACCUGUACGUGCUUUGUUAGGGAUGGCAAAACCUACUGUAAAAGAGAUUAUAUCAGGUUAUACGGCAUCAAGUGCGCCAAGUGCAGCAUCGGCUUCAGCAAGAAUGACUUCGUGAUGCGCGCCCGCGCCAAGGUGUACCACAUCGAGUGUUUCCGCUGCGUGGCCUGCAGCCGCCAGCUCAUCCCCGGCGACGAAUUCGCGCUGCGGGAGGACGGCCUCUUCUGCAGGGCGGACCACGACGUGGUGGAGCGGGCCAGCCUGGGCGCGGGGGACCCGCUCAGCCCCCUGCAUCCAGCCCGGCCGCUGCAGAUGGCAGCAGAACCUAUCUCUGCCAGACAGCCAGCUCUGCGACCCCACGUCCACAAGCAGCCCGAGAAGACCACCCGAGUCCGGACUGUCCUUAAUGAAAAGCAGCUUCACACCUUGAGGACCUGCUACGCUGCCAACCCUAGACCUGACGCCCUCAUGAAGGAGCAACUGGUAGAAAUGACUGGCCUCAGCCCGAGGGUCAUCAGGGUUUGGUUUCAAAACAAGCGGUGCAAGGACAAAAAAAGGAGCAUUAUGAUGAAGCAACUUCAGCAGCAGCAACCCAAUGACAAAACCAAUAUCCAGGGGAUGACAGGAACUCCGAUGGUGGCUGCUAGUCCAGAGAGACAUGACGGUGGUUUACAGGCGAACCCGGUGGAGGUGCAGAGUUACCAGCCGCCCUGGAAAGUACUGAGCGACUUCGCAUUGCAGAGUGACAUAGACCAACCUGCUUUUCAGCAACUAGUUAAUUUUUCAGAAGGAGGACCCGGUUCCAAUUCUACGGGAAGUGAAGUAGCAUCAAUGUCUUCUCAGCUUCCAGAUACACCCAACAGCAUGGUAGCCAGUCCUAUUGAGGCAUGAGGAACAUUAAUUCAGAUUUCUGUUGUUGUUGUUUCUGCCCUUACCCUCACCCCUGCUGGAGAGAGUGGGAAAGUGAUCUUGUUGGGACUCCGAAAUUUAGGGGGGGGGGAAGUAUUUAACAGCCCUGUAAUGAACCUAGCAAGGAAUCGCUCCAUGAAAUGAACGGAGUCAUGUUUGAAAAGACAAGGUAAUAUGGUAGCAACACUGUGAAGACAAUCAUGGGAUCUUACCAGAAUACUUAAAAAAAAAAAAAAAAGAAAAAAAGAAAAAGAAAAAAAGAAAAAGAAACCCAACAACAAAACGUGCUCUAUUCAAUGAUCAGAGGAGGAUUGAAAAGACGUUUUCAAAACGUAAAGGAUUUGUACUCGUGGCUCACAAAAAGAAAACAAAACAAAACAAAAAAGUGAAAAAAAAUUACCUGUUCAUUUGACUGCACAUCUUCGGAAGAAACCAAGGUAGAGGGACCUUCUAUCCAGUCUCUCCCAAUCCGAACGGUGCUGUUUCUAUAUUGGUGAUUGCCUUGCCAAAAGGAGCUCCAGCAUGUUUUCCAUCAUCAGGAAAGAGACGAUGUAGCCCUGAAUUGUUGAAAGGUUCGUUGGAGGAAGGUGGAGCUGCAUUGGUUUGCAAUGUUGUUUUUAGUUGACUCUUAAUAUGGGGAUAUUUCCUGGGUCUCUUCUAGCAUGUACUGUAGCGGGGUUUUGGUUUUGUUUGGUUGAGAUCCACUCUCUUUAUCAAGUCUGAAGCGAUUUAAAACAAGUUUUUGAAUUCCUCUUAGAAAAAACAAUUUAUAAAAACAUUGCAACAAGUUAUACCUCUAUUUUGCCACAAAGCGUCUCGGGAUUGUGUUUGAAAUGUGUCAGUCCAAGAACCUUCCCCUCCCCCAAAGAUAUGUAUAGUCAUUGGUUAAAACGACUGUUUUUCUCUCUUUCCCUUUCUCUCUCACUCUCUAAAAAUAAAGAGAAAAAAAAAAAAGAAAAAAGAAAAGGAAAAAAGAAAAGAAACCCCUUUUUGUUUGCUCUUGCAUUGCAAAAUUAUAAAGUAAUUUAUUAUUUAUUAUCGGAAGACUUGCCACUUUUCAUGUCAUUUGACUAUUUUUUGUUUGCUGAAGUAAAAAAAAAAAAAAAAAAGGAAA